AUGAAGUUCACCAUCUCCGCCGUUGUUCUUGCUCUCUCUGCCCUGGCGACUGCCAUGCCCCAAGGCGCCAACGCCAACCGUCCUGUGCCUGAGGGCGCUUGCUGUGUCGCAAACACCAGCUUGAAGCAGGAUGUCUGCACUGUCAACGGAGUUAGCGGUCGAUGUGUUCCCGAUUCAAUCAACAACUGCGGUACCCAAUUGACCUGCAUUGAGGACAACCGAUUGAGCUGUGACCCUAACACUCUGGAGAGGGGCCGACCUCUCUGCCGCCGCAUCCAAGGCGCGUAG